UCCUUCAACAGACCCUUCCCCAGGGUUCUCCUCCCUGUGACCCAGCAGCCUGACGCCUCAUCUCCGCUGCGCUUGCUUACGAAUAAAGAACUCUCGAGUCGUGUGUGCGCACACACCCAAACACACGCGCACGCGCACACACACGUGCACACACACAUGCGCUUUUUCUCUUCCCCUCCUUCGCUUUCUAAAGCCUGGGGGAAGUCGGUGACAGAGGUGUUUCAGUUUACAUUGUUGCGUGGGUUUUUUCAUUUUUUUUUAAGACAUUGAAAAGCAAUUAAUGAUCAGAUCUAGGAAAAAAAAACAAAACCCUGAAUAGAAACAAAACUUUACAAUGCUGGAUUCAAAAAAAAAAUUAUCUGGACAGCUUCUCUGAGACUAUUUAAAAACUGGUUCAACAGGUCUCUGCAACGUCAAGAUCUAACUAAGCUUUAAAAGGUCAAGAAGUUUUAUGGCUGACAAAGGAUUUGCUGCAGCACAGGCCAUCUUUCCCACCUUAAGCCUCUGGGAAAAUGGGGAUUUCACCCCCAUUCUCUUCUGUUGGUCUCGAUUGCAUCUGUCUGCGAGCAAGGGCUGGAGGAUAGCUGGAAGUAUGGCCACUCUGCUCCACGAUGCGGUAAUGAAUCCAGCAGAAGUGGUGAAGCAGCGCCUACAGAUGUACGACUCGCCGCACCGGUCCGCCCUCCGCUGCGUCUGGACAGUUUGGAGGACCGAGGGCUUGGGGGCCUUCUACCGGAGCUACACCACGCAGCUGACCAUGAACAUUCCUUUCCAGUCCAUCCACUUUAUCACCUACGAGUUCCUGCAGGAGCAGGUCAACCCCCACCGGGGCUACAACCCACAGUCCCACAUCAUCUCGGGCGGGCUGGCCGGGGCCCUGGCCGCUGCCGCCACCACGCCCCUGGACGUCUGUAAGACCCUCCUCAACACUCAGGAGAACAUGGCCCUCAACCUGGCCAACAUCAGCGGCAGGCUGUCGGGCAUGGCCAAUGCCUUCAGGAUGGUGUACCAGCUCAAUGGCCUCCCCGGCUACUUCAAAGGCAUGCAGGCCCGCAUCAUCUACCAGAUGCCCUCCACUGCCAUUUCCUGGUCCGUCUACGAGUUCUUCAAGUACUUUCUCACCAAGCACAAGCUGGAGAGUCGAACUCCGUACUAAAGGAACAGGCGUGGGCAGUGAUUCCAGAAUCUUUUAUUUGUCAAAGGCUUUGCCUGCCUGCUUCCAUUCCCUUGUCCUCACACUGAGGUCAUUUU